AUGGAUAAAGCUGAGAAAGCAGUAUGGGAUGAUGCACACGUACUGCACUUUAUUACUAUUUGCAAAGAAGAGAUUAGUAAUGGGAACAGGCCUUUAGGUUUUCUCAAUCCGAUUGGUUGGAAAAAUCUUGUGGAGAAGUUUGAAGCAAGAACUGGGAAGAAGCUAACAAAGACUCAGUUGAAGAAUAAAUGGGAUAGUAUGAAGAAAGAGUACACAUGGUUCAUGGAGUUGAGAAUUGCUGCUACUGGACUUGGAUGGGAUGAUGCAAAGCAAACUGUUGAUGCUUCCAAAGAAUGGUGGGAUGAACAUCUUCAGAGAUGCAACGAUCCCGCGAAAAGUAUAAAAUGUAAUCACUUGAGGUACAUGAAGCAUGGACCGAAGCAUUUGGAUGAUCUGCACGUGUUGUUCGAGAAGGCACAUGUAACAGGGGCUAGUGCAAGCUGUCUGGGAGAUAUAUCUAGCGACGAAUGCAGUGAUGAUGAUGUGACAGCUGUAGAGACAACUGAUGAGAGUGCUGAAAUAAAGUUGGCAUCCUUGAAGAAAGCAAAAGCAAACAAGAAGCGCAAACAAUCAACUACUGAAAGUGAAGAGCAAGCUAGUAAGAAGCGCAAGGAAUCCUCUAAUCGAUGA